GCACCGUGCGUAUGCGCUCGUGUGUCGCUUCUUUCUGUAUUGGAAGAAAAAGCUCCGUGCGUAUCGCAGCGAUGUCAGUCCAGGCUGUGGCAGCGAAAAUGGCCGAGGUCGAAUUAAAAGACGUGGCCGGUAAAGACUCUCCCCUAGCUAUUUCUCCGCUGACACCCAAGGUAGAGGAGAAAAAGAGUGAAAAUAACUCUUCAUCAUCAUCAACUUCGGUGGCCGCGGCGGGGGAGCCGAGCCCGUUGACCACCGCACCGAACCCCGUGAAGAUGCCGCAGGCGUCCGCGAUGAAGCGGUCGGACCCGCAGCAGAACGGCGGCGAGGCGUUCGUCAACUGCGACGGCACGGUAGCCGAGGCCCCUCGGAUGAAAAAGAUCCAGUUUGCAGAUCAGAAGCAGGAGUUUAAUAAACGUCCCACCAAGAUCGGCCGCAGAUCUCUGUCUCGCUCCAUCUCACAGUCUUCUACUGACAGCUACAGCUCAGCCGCUUCAUACACUGACAGCUCCGAUGAUGAGACCUCUCCCCGUGACAAGCAGCAGAAGAACUCAAAGGGCAACGGAGAUUUCUGCAUUAAGAACAUCAAACAGGCCGAUUUCGGGCGCAGGGAGAUCGAGAUUGCAGAGCAAGAGAUGCCUGCGCUCAUGGCAUUGAGAAAGAGAGCUCAGGGAGAGAAGCCACUGGCUGGAGCCAAAAUUGUGGGCUGCACGCACAUCACUGCACAGACCGCUGUGUUGAUGGAAACCCUCUCUGCUCUGGGCGCUCAGUGUAGGUGGGCUGCCUGUAACAUCUACUCCACCCAAAACGAGGUAGCAGCUGCCCUGGCUGAGGGAGGUUUCUCAGUAUUCGCCUGGAAGGGCGAGUCAGAGGAUGAUUUCUGGUGGUGUAUUGAUCGCUGCGUUAAUGUGGAGGGCUGGCAGCCCAACAUGAUUUUAGAUGAUGGAGGAGAUUUGACCCACUGGAUUUAUAAGAAAUAUCCCAACAUGUUCAAGAAGAUCAAAGGCAUCGUAGAGGAGAGUGUGACUGGAGUUCACAGGCUAUACCAACUGUCUAAGGCUGGCAAGUUGUGUGUGCCCGCAAUGAACGUCAAUGACUCUGUGACCAAGCAGAAAUUUGACAACCUGUACUGCUGCCGGGAGUCCAUCUUGGAUGGACUAAAGAGAACCACAGAUGUGAUGUUUGGAGGGAAGCAGGUGGUGGUGUGUGGAUAUGGAGAGGUGGGAAAAGGCUGCUGUGCUGCUCUUAAAGCGAUGGGUUCAAUUGUCUAUGUCACUGAGAUUGACCCUAUUUGUGCCCUACAAGCCUGCAUGGACGGCUUCAGGCUGGUUAAACUUAGUGAAGUCAUCCGACAGGUCGACAUCGUUAUCACCUGCACAGGCAAUAAAAACGUGGUAGUAAGAGAGUACAUGGACCGCAUGAAGAACGGCUGUAUCGUCUGCAACAUGGGCCACUCCAACACUGAGAUUGACGUGGCUAGUCUGCGGACCCCUGAGCUGACCUGGGAGCGAGUGAGGUCGCAGGUGGACCAUGUGAUCUGGCCGGAUGGAAAGAGAAUAGUGCUGCUGGCAGAGGGUCGCCUUCUCAAUCUUAGCUGCUCCACUGUUCCUACCUUUGUGCUGUCCAUCACUGCUACUACCCAGGCUCUGGCUCUGAUUGAGCUGUACAAUGCUCCUGAAGGCCGCUACAAGCAGGACGUGUACCUGCUGCCAAAGAAAAUGGAUGAAUAUGUGGCCAGCCUUCAUCUCCCUACAUUUGAUGCACACUUGACUGAACUGACUGAUGAACAGGCCAAAUACCUCGGCCUGAACAAGAACGGACCCUUUAAGCCAAACUACUACAGGUACUAAAACCAUUCACGGAUGGGAAACGAAGACAAAAGAAUUUACCAAGACUCCAUAAUCCAUACAGACUAAGGCAAGACAGACCUGUGAUACAGUCUGCCCUUGGAAGGGAGGGAGAAGCUCAGAGUUGAUUGGUUGGGGGCGAAGGGCGUUGCUAAUUAGUGCUACGGCAGUGUUAAUUUAUUUUACACUAGAAUAACAUAGCUAACCUUUUACAAGCUGCUACUGCCAGUGGUGCAACCUAGCGACGUUUCCAUGGAGAUUUCACCAUUUCAUCUUUUCUUAGCUUCAUGUUUUAGUUGUAAUUCAUUUAUUAGAUCUCUUACUGUUUAACUAAAAUUAAGCUGUGGUAAAAAAAAAGAAAGAAAAAAAAGACAUCUUAAGAAAAUGCGUGAUUUUACCUAAUGAUUCAGUUAUGGACACGUCACAUGUCCUGUCUUUAUUUUCGUAAAAAAAAUUAUAUGAAAUGGUGGGUGGGACAGAAUUUUGGUUGGGCGCAGGGGUACAAAUCGUUCUUUUCUUUUAGUUGAUCACUCUAUUCAAAGAUUUCUUGUGCUGAUUGUUUUUUAAAACUUGUAUUAAUUUUUACAACAAAUUUUAACUUUGCGUUCUAAAUGCUCUCUGUUCUAAAUAAAAGCUGUUGACAUUUAACUGGAUUGUGAACGAUUCGGGGCGGGGUUUAUCCCCACCGUUCACUCAGACUGGAAGCGAAUCGCCUUAUUGGCUUAGGCAUCAGCAACAAAACUCCCAAAUGCAACAUGCUCUUUUAACACUGUUUUCAACUGCUUAAAUGAUGCCAGUAUUCUUGUUUGAGAUUUAAAGACUCAAUUCUUGCUGAAACAAUGCUGUGUAUAUUUAGAUAUUUAUACAAAAAAUAUGAUUUAUCUUCUGCCAUUUAAUUUUUGUUUCAAUGAACUCAUUCUCCUGUCAUUAUAAAAAUAAGCAAUUAAAUGUUAUGAUUCUCUAGUGUAAAAUUGCAUUUAAUGAAACCCUUGUUUUAUAUACUGUGAAGUAGAGCUUAUAUCAAUGAGAUACCAAAUGUACAGUUAAUCCGGUACCAGGUUUCUUUCCAGGUCCUCUGCAGAUUGAGUCUGGAACAAAAUGGGAGAGAAAUGCAUGUUAACUAAAGCCAAGACCAACUGUGUACUCAUUUCAGAGGUUAGAAGGAAAGAUCUUGAAGGAAGUGCUUUGGUUUUGCUUUAUGCAGGCCUGCGGAGCAGAAGCUACCUUUGUGACUGGGAUAUUCAAAUAUAAUAAAAUUGGGACCUUUAUUUUACUAUAUUUCUGCCUUUAUGGCAGAUAUUUCUCUCCUCUUUGUCAUCUGUGCUUGUCAUAAAGAGAAUCAAAAUGGCUUUCUCCUAUUGCUGUUUAAUGUGGUAUCAUGUUCCUUUGCUCAGGAAUUUCUAUGUUGUGUUGGUAACAUGUGAAGUAGUCCAAGGAAUGCCCGCAAAGUGAAGUUCUUUUGAGUUGUAAUCUCACUUAUGGUCCCUUUGUAGCACAACACAUUUUGUUACAGUUACUGGAACCCUUUUAAACUCUGGGUUGCUUAUUUUAACUUAAAACCCUAAAGGCAUAUAACAGUGUUGCAUUUUUUCAUGAGAUUACCUGGUCAGCUCGAAGUGUCCUAAACUUAGUCUACAGCAUUUUAAACUUUCCUUACACAAAGCAAAUUAAAUUAUUGUUCCUAUUACUUUGUUAGUAUGUGCUGCUCUGCUAUAGUUUUGUGUCCGGAGUCUACAUUAGUAUUAAUGUAAAUGUAUUGACACCCCAUGUUCCCAUCAAUCCGUGUCUGCAAUCUUCUAACCUUUAACACACACUCCCUACUGAAGCACAUCAGUUAGUGUACAUCUUGUUUAAAUGUUAAACCCAUUGUCUUAAUUUUUUUUUUUUAAUACUUGUCCGCAAGGAUAUGUGUGUGUGUCCGUGUUAGUGUGUUUUAAAGAGGCUCAUGAGUGCAAAAACCAGAUAUCUUUGGAGGCCAGGGCUUCGUUGCUGUGGCGCAGUUGACAAUUCUUUCAGGCCCGUGCGUUCCUGAGGAUUUGUCGGGAUGGUCUUGUAACAACAUCGAGCACAUGGAAUCAACACCAGCACCUCUUGUUGAGAAUGAGCAUUGACAUAAAGGAACUUUAUGGGUCUGUAUUUAUUGUUUUAAAUAUUCACUAUGAAAAAGAAAAUCUCUGAGUUGUCAAAACUGUUUAAAUAUUGCAAGUGAUGGUAGAUGAGCAAUAAUCUGUAAUCUUGAUGAACAACAAUAAAAAUCACAAGUGUAAAAAUUA